AUGUCUCAUCAGGGGGCGGCUUUACAAAAUUACAAUAAUGAAUUAGUCAAAUGUUUUGAAGAGCUGUGUAAACGUCGGGAAGAACUUCAAAAGCAAAUCCAACAAGAUGAAACUGAACGGGCUAAAUUGCAGCGUGAAAUAAACGUCCUAAGUGACAAACUAGCCCAUGUUAACGAUGGUUUGCAGAAAAAGUUAGCCACGCGGAGUGAAUACGAUCGCACAAUUGCUGAGUCUGAAGCAGCAUACAUGAAGAUCCUAGAGAGUUCACAAACGUUACUUACUGUUCUUAAGCGUGAAGGACAAAAUAUUGUUCAAAGAGCAACGGCCAAAAACGUCUCUUAUUGA